AGGUACAAGGUGAAGGGUUUGUGUCUAUAUAUGUUGGAUGGUUAGUUCUCUGCCAUGUGCUUUGGAAUCAACCUCUUAUGCUUUAUGUUCUGUUAGCUCCUACCUUAUACUAUAACUUUCAUUAUUCAUCAAUAAUUCAAACUCCUCCUUCGUCUUUUUAUAUUUUAGCCUUUCAUAUAAAUACUCCCUCUCCAUACUCAUCAUUCAUAACACCUCUCUCUCUUCUUCGUUUAAAGUUCAAUCUUCUUAUAGCCACUGAUUCUAAAAAUGGGAGAAGAAGUCAAACCAGAGGUAAAGGUGGCUGCCCCUGCUCCAGAGGCCGUCCCCGAGUCCGUCUCCUCGGAAGAGGAGGAGAAGAGACAUGUGGCAGAGGAGAAGCAAGAGGCCGCCAAGGAGGAGCAACCAACGGUGGAGGAAGAGUCGCAGCCGCCGCCACCGCCACCGCCUCCGCCCUUCAUACUCUACGUCGACUUGCAUUGUGUAGGAUGUGCUAAGAAGAUCGAAAGAUCUAUACUAAAAAUUAGAGGGGUGGAAGAAGUUGUGAUGAACAUGAAUGAGAACCAAGUGACGAUAAAAGGCGUGUUGGAUCCACAAGCAGUGUGCAACAAAAUCAAGAAGAAGACUAAAAGAAUGGCCAAAGUCCUCUCGCCGCUUCCGGCUGCCGAAGGGGAACCUCUGCCACCGACCAUAAACUCUCAAGUCUCUGGCCUCACUACCGUCGAGCUCAACGUCAACAUGCAUUGUCAAGCUUGUGCUGACCAGCUCAAGAAGAAGAUUCUAAAAAUGAAAGGGGUCCAAACCACUGUGACAGAGUACACGACCGGAAAAGUAAUAGUGACCGGGACAAUGGACGAAGAGAAACUUGUGGAUUACGUCUACCGUCGGACCAAAAAGCAGGCCCGAAUCGUACCCCAACCCGACCCGGAACCUGAAAAGUCUGCGGCCGAGGAAGACAAGAAGGAGGAGAGCGGUGAAGGGCCUGAGGAGAAACCCGCGAAAGAAACAGGAGGGGAGAAGGAGGAGGAGGAGGAAAAGAAGGAAGAAGACGGUGCCGGAGAAGAGACGGAGGUUACCGAGGAGAUGGCUACGGCUGAAGAAGAAGGAAUGAAGAGGAUAAUGUAUUAUUAUCAGCCUUUAUACGUCAUCGAGAGGGUUCCUCCACCGCAGCUUUUCAGCGACGAGAACCCUAACGCUUGUUGCAUUUCUUGAUUUGGUUUCGUGUGCUCUACGGGAAAUAUAAGUAUAUUAGGACAAUUAAUUACGUAAGAAAA